CGAAAUUCCACUCCCAGCGAUUUACAACAGGUGAUUCGAAAAUGUGCUUUUAUAGGAGUUCUUUUAAGCUUCAGUGUUGCGCUUUUAUACUGGUGGUUCUCUGGCAAUCCCGACUAUGAAGCUACUGCAAUCAACAGUGAAAGCAUCGACUAUUACCACAGAACCGCUUGUGAAAGGAAAUACAACAGCACAUAUCCACUUAGUCGUCCAGAAGUUACGUCCGACGGAAGGAGGUUUAGAAUUGGAAUUAUAGCGGAUCUUGAUGAAAACUCCAAAUCGACUUCAAAGAAGAACACGUGGACAAGCCAUUACAAACGGGGCUACUUGACCCUGAAGAAGAAUGGUCAGGUAACUGUGGAAUGGGAUAAAGAUAUUGUAGUACUAUCCUCUACUUUGUCUCAGAAAGGAAGAGGGAUGGAGCUGUCAGAACUAAUAGUUUUUAAUGGAAAAUUGUAUGCCGUUGAUGAUCGCACUGGAGUUGUGUUUGAAAUUAAAGACAAGGGUACAGUAGCUUGGGUAAUUUUACCGGACGGCGAUGGAACGGAGGAGAAGGGUUUUAAAGCGGAAUGGAUGGUAGUUAAAGGGAAGACUCUCUAUGUCGGAGGCCUCGGAAAAGAAUGGACAACAACAGAAGGAGUUUUCCAAAAUCAUAACCCACAAUGGGUUAAAAGUAUAGGGCCUAAUGGUGAUGUGGUGCAUCAUGAUUGGGUGUCCAGAUAUGAGGCUUUGAGAGGGGCCCUUGGUAUCAAGUACCCGGGGUAUAUUAUCCAUGAGGCAGCAAACUGGAGUGAUAAACAUAAGAAGUGGUUUUUCUUACCAAGGAGAGCAAGCCAUGAGUCUUACAAUGAAAAAGAUGAUGAACAUCGUGCAACCAACGUCAUGAUAUCAUGUGAUGAGCACUUCACAAAUUUCCAUGUGCGCACCAUUGGUGAACUUAAUUUGACUCACGGAUUUUCAUCUUUCAAGUUUAUUCCAGGAACUGAUGAUAAAUUAUUUGUGGCUCUCAAGACAGAAGAAGACAGGGGAACUAUUCGUUCUUACAUUGUUGCUUAUGAUAUUUCUGGAAAAAUGAUCAUGCCUGAGACCCAUAUUGGUGACAAUAAGUUUGAAGGAAUUGAAUUUAUAUAAGGAGCAUAUGCAAUCAGCUCUCCUAAGGAUAGACUCUGUGACCAGUGCUUGUAAGCCUUACUUAACAUUGAGUCAAACGUAACUGAAGAGUAGAAGAGACCAACCAAACAGUAGGUGUCCAGUUAAAAAAGGGCUAUCUAGUGAGGAUAUGCCGUAAAAUUCUGAAAAUAAGCCCCUCCAAAUAUAAGCCCCCCAAACCUGUAAGUAAAUGCAAAAAACCCUCCGUUAAAUCGCCUCUCCAAAUAUGAGCCCCCAGGGGGCUUGUACUUGGAAAAUAGCCCUCAAAUACAUAGUAAAACAAAGCAGAAACGGUAAAUUUACUUCCAACUAUAAUUCUAGCUCAAUCGAUUUUGAAAUUCAAAUUUCUCUUAGUAGAUAAGCCCCUCCGAAUAUAAGCCCCUCAAAAAGGGCCUUUGAAAAAUAUAUAUGCCCUGGGGCUUAUUUUCAGAAUUUUACGAUAUUUGCUGUUUUAGGUCAAUUCAGUGCUACUGUGCAGUCAUUACUUAAAACCUUUACCCAUUCAAAAAAAUACUCCUGUUUAUUUUUGAAGAAGAUAUUAGACAAAUAUCAUCAGGGAACAC